AUGGCUUUACGGAUGGAACAACUUGAGCAUGUUCAACAACAAAUGGUCAAGAUACAAAGGGAGGACACUGAUGUAAAUCAAGAAGAGGCGAAGGGACCCGAACAACCUCUCCCAAGGGAAUGCCCAAGACCAUUCAAGGUGGAGGCCAAGAUCGACAUCCCUGUGUUUGAUGGUUCCAUUGACGCUGAGAAGUUGGAUUCUUGGUUGGCUCAAAUGGAAACAUAUUUUAUUCUUUACGAGUUUCCAGGUACGGAACGAGUAGCCUUUGCUAGAUUAAAACUCACCAACCAUGCAUUGGCAUGGUGGAAUGGUAUACUGGCAUCUCAAGAAGGACAUGGCAUCACUUGGGAGGAAUUUAAAAGACUCCUGAGGCUGGAGUUCUAUCCAAUGGGAUAUUUACAAGAUCGUUGGACAAGGUGGUAUAUGUUACGACAGUACAACAUGCAAUCGGUACAAGAAUAUACGGCUGAGUUUCGACGGCUUGCAGUUGCUCUUGGCGUAUCGCUCAACACUGAGGAAGCUGUACAAAAAUUUGUGGCAGGUCUACACUAUUCGAUUCGUCAAGAGUUGCAGCUUUUUCGAGUGUUGGAUGUCUCGAGCGCCAGUACUACAGCAAUGGCUAUUGAAGUAAAGAACAGGGGAAGCAAUCACAAAAAUUUUGCAAAAUCCAAACAGAGGACAUUGAAAGAUGAAAAAAAUCGCACUCAGAAGGACUCCAAGUCAUCUUCUUCCAAGUUUGAUUUCUACUGCAAUCAUUGCAAAAUUUCUGGCCACAUCAAAGAUAAAUGCUGGAAGGUGCAUCCAAAUUUAAGACCCAAGUGGUUCAGAGAUCCAAAUAAAGGGAAACAAAUUAACACAGUGGUGGCUAGAGAAAAUGAGCUUGGCUCAAUAGAGCAUGCGGACACAACCCUAUCCUUGAUGGCAAGACUGGACACUGUUAUCUCGACCGCAAAGGAGGAACAUGCUGAGGAACUUUUCACCAUCUCUAUCCAGCCAUGUGAAGGAAAUGCAAUAUGCCAUCUCAUGCAUGCACGUGAAAAAGAAGAAGGUAUGCUCACAAAAUUACUCAACUCUUAUACUGAUUUGUUUGAAGAUCCGCAAGGGCUACCACCACGGCAUCUUAUCGAGCAUGAGAUUCAAUUGCAGACUGAUGCUUCUCUGCCCAACCUUUCCAUGUAUCGUAAUUCAGUACUUGAGAAUGAAGAAAUUAAAAGACAAGUGGCGGAUCUGCUGGAGUGGGGAGUAGUACAGCACAACAGUUCACCUUGUGGAUCUCCAGUGGUCUUAGUGCCUAAGAAAGACGGAGGAUGGCACAUGUGUAUUGAUUAUCGAGCACUCAACAAGAUCACCAUCAAGGAUCGCUACCCGCUUCCUCGCAUCGACGACCUGCUGGACCAACUCAAAAAUGCUCGAUUCUUCACCAAACUUGACUUAGAAUCAGGAUAUCGUCAAGUUUGCAUCCGAGAAGAGGACACAUGGAAGAUGGCAUUUAAGACGCGAUAA